GUGCGAAAACAAUUAAGACGUGAAUCAAUAAAUAAAAGAUAAGAUAACGUUUUGUUAUCGACCGAUCGUAGCAGUAACAUUCCUUGUGCAAUACUGUAACCCAACACAAACAUAAUUUCAGCGGGGAAUCAUGUUUUCCACCAACAGGCAAGGGUCUAACGAUCCUUUUGAUGACCAUGUUACAGAUAUAGAUUUAUCUGUUUUUAAUUCACCGUUGAGUGAUUCAAGCAUUAGAGAAACUACAACAUUUUUGGAUACACCGGAUCCAAUUCCAAUAGUGGAUCAACCAAGCUUGGAAAGUAACUAUCCAGGAAGUAGAAGACCAAUUCCCGUCGCAACAAUCGAUUGGCAAUCAUCAAGAGAUGGUCAAUUUAUUCCCAGGAACGGAUUAGAUUUUUUAAAUGGCGUCGAUAAAUUAUUUAUCCAACAGACUGUAGAAUUAAACGAACUACUUGCAAAUGUUGAUUCAGAAAAUAGAUAUACAAUAAAAGUACCAAGAGGUGAAACACUUUAUUAUGCAAGCGAAUCAUCGACGAAUUUCCAAAGAUUUUGUUGUGGAUCAAGUAGAGCAUUUACGAUGCGUCUUUUUGACCAAACUCAACAAGAAGCGAUUGAAUUUCGGCGACGUUUAGCAUUCGGAAACUGUUCGUUUUGGUGUUAUCUUCAAGUAUUGGAAAUUUGGCUUCCUCCCGGUGAACUUGUUGGUUAUGUUAAACAACAAAUGACGUUAUCACAACCAAUUUUUCUCGCUUAUAAUCGACACGGAAAUGUUGCUUAUAAAAUUGAAGGUCCAUCUGAUAGUUGUAUGUGCAUUUCUAAUGGAAAGGAUAAACAUUUUAAGAUAUUUAAUCCCGAGGGUACCACGCAAUUAGGAAGUGUUAAUUAUCAAUGGGAUCAAGUACAAACUGAUUAUAUCAUGUGUGUACAGUUUCCAUCAAGUAGUAUUGAUGAUAGAUUAAAAGCCAUUUUAUUGGGAGCUGCAUUUUUAUUGGAAUAUAUGUAUUUUGAAAGAUCUAAAAUAACUGGAUGCUUAAGGUGUAGCUGUUAAGUAAAGAAGACGAUAUUAAAAUAUUAAAACGGAAGAUGUAACAAUAAAAUAAAUAUAUUUUAAUACUUUUAAAAAUUGUGAAUUAAAAAUAAUAAUGUACGUUUCACCAAAUAUAAAUAUUCUGCUUAUCAAACGUUA